GGUCGCACCUUCCAGCAGUUGUGCGACGUCCUCAUACUGCACGUCACCUUACAGAACUCGAAUACCAUUAGGCAGGAACGACCCAGAACGGGUAUCGACAUACGGGUACCGACAGGCAACGAUCGGAUUUGGCAAGGCUGAAGCAGCAACAGCUCCUUCCUGCCCAGCAUCUGCAACUACCUAGGUACCUAUCUCGUGUAUUGGUGCUGAUACCGAAUCAAUUUGAGUUGUGCGAAUCUUUCAAUCUCGGCCAAUUCUUUCCCGCUUCUGACACUCCCGAAAAGCAUCAGCAACUCACCUACAAGUUCCCCGCUUCUGCCUGGAUCGUGAAGCUUCGCCCCACCUACUCUGAUUCAUUAGACUUCCAUACUAAUCGCUACGUCCACCGACCCAAGAAGACACUGGUAUUUCUCGCGUCUUUGAUUUUCUUCUGUUCAUUCUCUAGAAUAGAGAUUGUUCAGCUAAUUUAUUAUCAGUCCCAUGUUCAGUUUCGAAUCUCUCCAUCUUGAACGAAACAGUGCAUCAGUACCUUGGCACACUGCCGUCGCCCUCCCACAAUGUCACAACCUGCGCCAUCGGCAUCAGAGCCGUCAAUACCAGUCAUGGAUGCGCCGGCAAACCCUCAGUCUAAAUCGCCCUUCAACAAAGUGCCUCUCGAGGUUCUCAUUCGCAUAUCGGAUCAAUUGUCGACACCCGACCUGGGAAGCCUUCGUCUGACAUGCAGGUCCAUAGAGCAGUCCAUGUUCAAUAUGUUCAUGAAGGAGUUCUUUACGCAACGCCAAUUCAUGCUCACCGAAUUCAGCCUACAGACCCUCAUCGACAUCAGCAAGUCACGGCUGAGUGAUUGUCUCGACUAUGUCAUCAUCGGCCUCAACACAUUUACACGUCAUUACUUUUCCCCAGGAGAGGAAGCCCAGGAAACCCGCUAUCGCGAAGCCCAAUCCGAUCACCACACCCUGGUCAACAGCGGUCAAGACGUCGCUAUGCUGACGGAGGCUUUCAAAAACCUCAAGAACCUCAAAACCGUGGGCAUUCGUGACUACCAUUCCGCGGGAAGGGGCUUUCGGGAUGGCUUCGAGGUCAGCUGGGCGAGUUACGGCGCCACCACACUCCGCCAGGAUACCGGAGUAGAUCUUCUGCGCAUACCUAUCGAAGAGAUGGUCGCCUACACCAACAAAGUCUUCAUUACCCUCUUUACCGCACUUGGUAAUGCUGGCGCCCGGCCCAGUGCCUUCGAGCUGCUCCGUCACCAGCAAGGCGUGCCCUCUGACGACGCUUACAACCUCUUCACCAAAUACCUCAAGCCCAAGGUCGUCCCGGUUCUCGAGGGCAUCGAGACUUUCAUGAGCGUUGUGAACGUAGCGACUGGCCCCUUCCGAGUCACGUCACUUACAGGUAGCGCGGGAACUCAACUACGGCGUCGAUACGAUUACUCCCUGCGUCUCUUCUUAGGUCACAUGCCGAACCUCAAGCAUCUACGGUUGAACUUUGCGCACCCAGGCCAUAACUCUGAUGCUAUCGAUGAGUUCGUUGACUGGCUGGGUACACCUGUUCCCAGUGCUCUUUCUGAACCGGACGACAACCAGCUACCGACGCCUCCAGCUCCGGUGGCGUUUCCCCAUCUCGAAGAGAUCAACCUGGGCUUCGUUGAAGUUGAGCCGAAGCGGCUUCUCCAAGUCGUGCGAAAACUUGCACCAACACUCAGGAACCUCGAGCUGUGGAAGGUCACGCUCCGCAGCCGUACAGGAGCUGUUCAAGGCGACUACAACGCGAGAGGCGACAUUUCCAUUAUCAACAUGUGGGCUCGAUUCCUCCAGAAUCUGCGUGAGAUACCCAACCUCGAUCUGAAACACAUCAUGGUCGGUUGUCCUGCUCAGCGCAUGUCUAUGACGAGCGCCAGGGUAUGGGUUCAAGCCACAGACGGGGUGCCAGACAAGACUGUGGCCAGAAGGGAGUACACAGGCAUCGACUGGAGACAUUUUGUAGGAGACCUGGCUAAGCAAAUCAUGGUUGAUAUCCCGCCCGAGCGUAAGCGCAACCCGGAGUCGGAUGAAGAAGAUGACGAAGAUUCGAACGAUGGCAUGGACGACGACAUGGACAACGAUGUUUUGGAAGAUGACAUAAUGGACGCGAUUCAAGAACAAAUGGAGUCAGGAGGCUACUUUCCAGAUGAAAUUGAGGAAGCGCUGGAUGGCCUCGAAGACACGAUAGCCUACGAGCAAGGCUUUUACCCGAUUGUGUUUCAGUAGACGAUGGUAGAGGAAAGAAUUAGGCCCGGGCCGUAUUCCUGCCCGGCUCUUCCUAUGAUUUACACUUUUUGAGGCAACCGGUGAAUUUUGG